CGUCCCCCCGUCGUCCGCCUGAGGCCGGCCCGGAGCCGCAGGGCGCGGACCCCGCUGCCUCCGUCCUGGGGUGCAGGCGGGCCCAUUGCACUUGACGUAGUCUCGGACCGUUCGGGACUUGCUCACAGGGCUCUUUGGAGUGGCUGGGGCGGUGAGCGUCGCGCUGUCACCUCGUUGGGAGCAGCGCCUCACGAAGUAGCCGGUUCUGCGCCGUGUCCCCUCCCUACGUCAGUCGUUGGGCCCCCGCGUCCUAGGACGCUCUAGCGGGCUCUCCUCCGCGCUGGGGUUCCAGGGUUCAGAUGUGGAUGAGGGGCUCACCUGGGCCCGCGUCCCUCGUCCCUCGUCCGGGGACAGCCCCGUAUUCGUGGGCGCAGAGCAUCCGUGGGCUGCUUUUCCUGGCCGGCGAAGGUGCAGCCUGCACGCACAUCCUCUUUGCUUGUGUUUUCCUCUCAGCGUCUGCACCCUUAACGCCUCCCCUCCCCACGUCCGCGUCCCAUUGGCAAAACACAGAAGGCGGGGGAGGAAAAAAGCCUAAUUCUCUUCCCUAACCUCAGAUUCCGGAGCUUCCCCGAGCAGAAGCAGCUCGCGCCCCAGUGCUUGUGGGACUGGAGCCGACUGUGUCUGCGAGCCGGCAUAACUGGCCAAGUAGGUGUGCUCCUGCCUAACAGUCGAGCUGGACUCUCCUGAUACCCACAUUUCUUCGUUCCCGAGUUGAACUGGGAUUUUCUGGAAGUUCUGCUUCAAAAGCCCGUUUGGAGGUUAUGGAUGAUAAGCCCAACCCUGGAACGCUGACUGAGAAUUCGGAAGUUCUCUUCUCCUUUGGGGUGAUAGCAGAUAUCCAGUACGCUGAUUUAGAAGAUGGCUAUAACUUCCAAGGAAACAGACGGAGGUACUACAGACACAGUCUGCUUCACUUGCGGGGCGCUGUCAAACACUGGAAUACGGAGAGUAGCCUGCCCCGCUGCGUGCUUCAGCUUGGAGAUAUCAUUGACGGAUAUAAUGCGCAGUACAAAGCAUCCGAAAAGUCGCUCGAACUUGUUAUGAACACUUUCCAGAUGCUUAAAGUCCCCGUUCAUCACACGUGGGGGAACCACGAGUUCUAUAACUUCAGCAGAAACUACCUAACAAAUUCUAAACUUAACACAAAGUUUCUAGAAGACCACAUUGUGCAGCAUCCCGAGACUGUGCCUUCGGAGGAUUACUAUGCUUAUCACUUUGUCCCAUUCCCUCAAUUCCGGUUCAUUUUACUGGAUGCUUACGACUUGAGCGUCUUAGGCGUGGACCAGUCCUCUCCAAAAUACCAGCAGUGUCUGAAGAUACUGAGGGAGCACAAUCCAAAUUCGGAGUUGAAUAGUCCGCAAGGACUUUCUGAGCCCCAGUUUGUCCAGUUUAAUGGAGGAUUCAGCCAAGAGCAGCUGAACUGGUUGAAUGAAGUUCUUACGUUCUCUGACACAAACCAGGAAAAGGUGGUGAUUGUGAGCCAUGUUCCCAUUUACCCAGAGGCCUCUGACAGUGUGUGCCUGGCCUGGAAUUACAGAGAUGCCCUGGCAGUCAUUUGGUCUCACAAGUGUGUGGUGUGUUUCUUCGCCGGUCACACUCACGAUGGUGGCUACUCUGAGGACCCUUUCGGUGUGCACCACGUCAACCUAGAAGGGGUUAUUGAAACGGCUCCGGACAGCCAGGCUUUUGGCACCGUCUAUGUCUAUCCUGACAAAAUGAUGUUGAAAGGGAGAGGCAGAGUUCCAGACAGAAUUAUGAAUUAUAAGAAGGAAAACGCUUUCCAGUUUUAGUCUGAUUUAUCUUGUUUACCGUUAGAGAAAGAGAGUGGUGGUUGAACGUUGUGUUUGUGUUUAUCUCCCCCCCCCAAAUCCUCAGGCUCAUUGUGUAGUAUUCUAUUUGCAUAACAAAAUGUAUUUAUGGCCUCAGUGUGCGUUAGCUCAUGAGAUACUCUGAAAUGUCAUUUUUGGAUAAUUGAUCCAGUGCCGAGGAUUGGAAACAAAAUGAAUGAAAGCAGCCUCAAUCAGCCAGGGAGGAGACUGAGGGGGGUGGUAUAGUUCUCAAAACGGACUUCAUUUAGCCUUAUCUGACAUUUUUUUACUUUUUACAAGGAGGAUGUAUUUAUUCAUGUAUUAACUGUGUAACUUAAAAUUCGUAAUAAAAAAUAAAAUCAGCUCAGGUAAACUUUCUGUGUGUCUCCUCCCGUGUGAAUGAACUUUGGACAUUUUUUGCUCAGAAUACCCAUCAUGUUUGUACAUUUAUAGGCUUGUAUCCCUGUUCUGUAAGCAACGAAUAAGUUAUUUCACAGGUGAAUGUGUGGUCUGUCCCGUGUGAGGCCAUGAGAAGGGCAUCCCGAGAAGUCUUGUGGUGGCUUUGUGAUUCUAAGCAAAGCAGGACCAAGGGCCAGUGCAGCUGUGUGCCCCCUGGGGUGGUGUCUCCGGGCAGCAGCUGGUCUCCAGCAGCUAGAGACCACGGGGUGGGGGCGGGGGGGGUCAAUGAAUUUACUUUUGACUCCCUUCCUAGACAAAUGGGGCACGUUAACUCGGUUGUCCUGUGUGCUAAGGCUUAUUUGUGGCAACAUUGAUUCGAAAGCAAAGGGACUGUUGAAAUGCAGAGAAAAUUUGACGCAGGGCCUAAAAACAUCACGAGAGAAAAAAGCAGUACUAGUCCGCGUCAGUGUGCCUGCCGGGUGCCCAGGCUCUGGGGUGCAGGGGUGUGUUCGCGUUCUGCGGCUGCGGCGGCAAAUCGCUACCACGCGUGGCUUCCAAAGGCACGUACGUGCUCUUACAGUGCGGGAGGCCAGAAGUCGGCACCACUUUCCCUGGGCUCAGCUCAAGGCGCCUGACAAACACCGCCCCCCCCCUCCGCCCCACCGCUGGCAGAAUCUGCUUCCUUGCCCUUUCAGGCUUCCAGAGCCUGCUUCCUGCAUUCCAUUCCUGGCUCAAGGCCCCUUCCUCCAUCUUUGGAGCCCGCAAGGGGCCUCUUCAAACCUCCCUCUGCCUGCCUUUUAUCAGGACAGUUGUGAUAGUUGUGAUCACCUCCAGGCUUAUCUCCCCAUCUCAGGAUCUUUAACUUUAUCGUAUCUGCAAAGACUGUUUUGUGAUGCAAGGUAACGGUCCUAGGUUCUGGGGACCAGAUAUCCUUGAGGGCCAUGAUUCAGCCCAGCAGAGAGGCGACUGUCCCGUGUUCCCUGCAUUCACCGACCUUACCAUCCAUAGAUCCCAAAUGCUUGAAGAAAGGCCUGGGAAUGUGGAGGGGGAGUUUAAUUUUGUUUAACGGGAUGAGUGAUGACUUGAAGGAGGGGGGAAAUGGUUUUCGACAGUGGGCAGAAUAGCCUCCGCAGAGGUUAAAGGGCAUGCUGAGUUUAGGAGUGAUGAUGCUGGGAAGAUUCACCGAAAGGCACCUGGGGGUAUGGCAAGAAGUAUUGCAAGAAGCGGACAGGGCUGCGUCGUGAAGAGCCUUGAAUGAUGAGCCCGCAGUUAGAACUGGGCUUGGCAGACAGCAAGGAGCCCUCAUUUCCGUUUCUGCAGGGAAGCUGUGAUUAGAUCUGUGUCUCAGUCCUGGCAGCGGAUAAUGAGAGGCUGAUGGAGAGGAGUGCCAGAGGGAAGAAAAAAGACUGGUGGGAAGGCAGAGGCUUGGAUAAUAGAGACAUCGAGCUUAUGAAAUUCAAUUGAGAACUGGAGUUUACAACAAUCUCAGUAACAGAGGCUCCUUUCAGGAGGCGGUGCCCAUAGAUACAUAAAAGGAAUUGCGUAUAAUCACAGAAUUCAUAGUGUGAUGCCAGAGGUGCAGAUAGCAUGAAAGUAUAUUUUGAACAUCACUUCUUUUUUUGGUUGGAACAUUUCUGUCUUUUAAGCACAGAAUCAAGCAUUACUUGGAGGAUAGGUAGAUCCUAGAUAGAAUUUGCAAAUGAAACCGUUUUUUCCUGUGUGGUUUUAGUAGUGAAAUUAGGAACAAUGUAAAAACCAUAAGCAUCAUGCAAGCUAACUGCACAUUGGAGCAACGGAAUCCUUUAUCUGUAUUUUAUUCACCCUUAAAAUAAAUUUCACGUUAUUUGCUUUAAUAGCGACUGGAUUUUUUUCCCUCUUCCCUCAUCUAAAUCUUAACAGAGAAUUUUGCCUGUCCACCGGCCAUUGUGUAAAAGAAAAACCAUACAUACUUCCUUUAACAAAUAUUUAUAGAAUGCUUAAUAUUGUGUUAAAGGCUGUAAAAAUAGACAAAUGGCCAUACUUAUUUCCACUCUCCCGAUA